GAGGAGGCGGGAUGAGGGAUGAGGGAUAAAGGGCGAGGGAUGAAGGAUGAGGACGGGGCGGUGGCACCAGGCGCUCCGGGAUGGCCGAGGUCAAGGUGGCCGUGCUGGGCGGCAGCGGGGCCGGCAAGUCGGCGCUGGCCGUGCGGUUCCUGACACGGAGAUUCAUCGGAGAGUACGCGGCCAGCGCCGAUUGCAUCUACACUAAGCACUUGUGCCUGGAUGGGAGGCAGAUACACCUGGAAAUUUAUGAUCCUUGUUCACAGCCUCAGCAGGGGAAGCUCUCCCUGCCAGAGGAGCUGCUCUGGGCUGAUGGAUUGAUCAUUGUUUACGACAUCAGCGCCCGAGCGUCGUUCGCGUUUGCUGAAGCGCUGCUGGGCCGGAUCCGAGAGUCCCACACUGCAGGCUGUAAAAAAAUGGUCGAGUCAUCGAUAUUUUUGGUCGGCAACAAACAGGAUUUGUGCCACAUCAGGGAAGUUGGCUGGGAUGAAGGACAGAAGCUGGCAAUAGAUAACAAGUGCCAAUUCUGUGAACUGUCUGCAGCAGAGCACUAUCAGGAAGUUGUGGCAAUGUUCACCAAAGUCCUGAGGAAUAUCACUUCCAAUUCCAAAGGGAAGGAAAAGAGACGACCAAGUGGUUCCAAGUCCAUGGCCAAGUUAAUCAACAACGUGUUUGGAAAGAGAAGGAAAUCUGUGUAAGAGAUGGUUAGGCUGGAGGGUUGGAACAAGCUGAAAUAAUGGAGCAGAGGCAGCUCUUGGGACUCACUGAAUUUCCUGCAAAGGUCAAUAUCUGCAGGAGUAAGACAGUGGAAACCAAAGGUGGGAGAUAUGGUCUAGACUUAGGAGACCUGACCUACUUCAAGCUCUGCUACAGAUUUACUGAUUAGGGCUGUGCCACUUAUACUGUAAGCUGUUCCAGAGGGGAGGUUUAGUCUGCAUUUAUUCAACACCAACAUGGUCUUGGAUAGAGCUUCUAGGUGCAACUGAAGUAUAAACAGUUAUUUCACAAACUCAUUUAUAUUGGAAAAGACCCUUAAGAUCAUCAAGUCCAGCCACUAACCAAUCACUACCAAGUCUACCCUAAACCAUGUCCCUAAGUGCCACAUAACAUACAGUAAACUCAGCCCAGCUGAGCAAAAUCUUACUUCAGAAUCUUCAGUAGUUGUUUCUUUGUGUGCAAGAACAUUUGCACUAAAGAAAAGCAAAAUACUGCAGCUUCACGUGGUAAUGUAUUUGUAUUUAACUCAGGUCCUUGUGUGCCUUACACUUGCUGAAAUUCAUACAAAUUAAAUGCUUAGACACCAAAUCCACAAAAGGCAUUCACCUGCAAAGCUGCCUUGCAGAGGCACCAGAAGUAGGGAAGCAGAUAUAUAAAGCAGUAUUGUCUCAGUACUGUUUCAGUAUCUUUUUUUUUUAUUAUUGUUUUUUUUUUAUUCCAUGAGUGAUGAAAGAAAGUAGAGAGGGUUGAGGAGCGUGGAAACUGAAAUGUUAGUGAAAGGUUAGUCAGUGAGCACUGGACUGUUGUUGAGUGAAAUAAUUUUACAGCAAGGGCCAGCAGAAGGCCUGGGCUGAUCCCUUUCACAGAACAGUUUUUUUAAGCUUUAACAAAAGUUUCAUUGGCUGUAGGGUGGUUGUGGCUGAUUGAUCCCUUUCACAGAACAGUUUUUUUAAGCUUUAACAGAAGUUUCAUUGGCUGUAGGGUGGGUGUGGCUGGUUGAUCCCUUUCACAGAACAGUUUUUGUAGCUUUAACAAAAGUUUCAUUGGCUGUAGGGUGGGUGUGGCUGGUUGAUCCCUUUCACAGAACAGUUUUUGUAGCUUUAACAGAAGUUUCAUUGGCUGUAGGGGUGUGACUGCUCAAUCUCAGAUGGCAGAGAAGCUUGGAAAGGGUGGACUGGCAAAGAGCACAAGUUCUUUAGGAUGUCUGCCUGCAUUUAAAGGUCAGCCUGCUGGUAGGAGCUGUGCUCACAGAGAGUGUUUUUCCCAAUAACCAAUGUCCUUACAGCUGCUCAUGGCUGUGGCAUUGAAAUGCCACUGGAGAGAGCUCUCAGCACUGCCAGCUACACUUUUCAGCUGUGGACAUUAAACAGCAGAUGGGUGCAAAUGUGCUGUCAGGUUACACUCAGAGCUCUUCCUCUAGACAGCUAAAUAAGGGCUUAGCACAGCCUGUUUGCAAGGGCUGUGCUCAUACAGAAUUAUGAAAGGGAAGUGAUCUGAAGAUGAAUUGCUGCCUUUUAUCCAGGGGACAGAUGGGAUUCAGUCUUUGUAGGAUGCUGAGUUGAAGCCUACCUCUGCUCUGAAAUCUUGCCUGCAUUUCAACUAGAAAGGUUACUUUCAGUUUUUGAAUGUUCACCCAUAUGACAACAUACAAAGGUUAUAUAUAAUCCUAGCACUAAGGCUCUAAAAUAGUACUAAACACAUUUUACUGUGUUGACCAAAGAUCACAUUCUUUUCUAAGGCAAAAUAUACUGUUUAUUUCACUUGCUAUAAGACUACAAAUAUUGGAACAUAGUUCACAGUUACAGGCACAGGGUUGUUCUGUUUUCCUGCUGCUCUGCCAUAUCAGGAGCAUUGUAUUUUAAAUCUGUGCUCAACAUCCAUGAGACUGAAUGUGCAGAUUACUGAUGUGCACCCCUCAGCUUCCCAGCCUACACAGGGUUCCAGAACUACCAACAGCUCUUUGUGGCUUCAUCUUGCUCUAGUACUGCCAGAUUCCACAACUCUUAUUUGUAUUUACUGCUCUGGUAUUAAAUAAACUGGAUAUAAGAUGGAUGUA